UUAAGGACAAGUUAGCUACAUACACCUCUAAAUAAUAUUGAUCCAAGAACAAAAUUAUAUAUAUGUGAAUAUUUUUUUUUUCCUUCUCAAAUUAUAUACAUGAAUCUAUUCGUAAAGGUUGUUUACCGGAUUCCAAAGGCAGCCAAUGAUACAUUUCCAUGAAAACAAGUAAACCAUCAUGGCAAUUUUAAUGUGCGUGUUAUUUGGGUAGAGUGAGGGACUCGAGGGAAGGGAGACUAGAAACCCAAGCAGAGGAGAUGGGUCUGCUGACCAACAAGGUGGAGAGAAGUGAAAUCAAGGCUGGAGAUCACAUCUACACUUAUAGAGCCAUAUUUGCUUAUUCUCAUCACGGUAUAUAUCUUGGCGGAAGCAAGGUGGUUCAUUUUACGCCCAGGCAACAUGCGAAUUCAAGCUCUGAUAUGUCUUCUGACUUGUACGAUACAAUUUCAAGCUGUCCAACUUUUCCUGACUGUGGAUUCAGGCAACCUAAUAGUGGGGUAGUUAUGUCAUGCCUGGACUGCUUCCUUGGAAAGGGAUCCCUUCAUUGUUUUGAAUAUGGGGUAACUCCAUCGGUUUUCCUUUCAAGAGUACGUGGGGGCACAGGCACCAUUGCAGCAUCCGACCCGCCAGACGCAGUCAUUCACAGAGCAAUGUAUCUUCUUCAAAACGGAUUCGGCAACUAUGAUGUCUUCCAGAACAACUGUGAGGAUUUUGCACUGUACUGCAAAACGGGUCUUUUGAUAAUGGACAGGCUAGGGGUAGGAAGAAGUGGUCAAGCUUCUUCUGUUAUUGGUGCUCCAUUGGCUGCCAUUCUUUCUUCUCCUCUGACACUUCUAAUGCCAAGUCCUGUCGGUGUUGCUACUGUUACAGCUGGUAUGUAUUGCUUGAGCAGGUAUGCUACUGAUAUAGGUGUUCGGACUGAUGUGAUCAAGGUGGCAGCGGAAGACUUGGCAGUGAACCUGGGUUGGGCAGGCCAUGUUGAACAAGAAGCUGUGGACGAUGUGGCCGCUAACAGACCACCACUCAUAGGGUGAUACCCUAUUCUCCCUUGUCUUCAAGCUUAGUUAAAUUAGAAUUGUAGUAUGGCUUAAUAAUCAUUUACUGACAUUGAUGAAUUGAACAUUCUGCGUGUCUUAUUUACAAAGUUGUAUCAUUUCUCUCUCUUUCUGGUUUCAUUCAUGACCCAUGUAAGUACAUCUGGUCAAGUAGUGGAUUAGAUGAAGGACAUGUAUUUAUACUCUGCCAUAGGCUCUUGGUUGUCUAUUGACAUUGUGAAUUUAAUUUCUUCUCUCUUUUUAUUGUGCAAUGAUUUGUCAAAAA